AUGAAGCUCUCCCUCGCCCUCACCACGCUCCUCCCCCUCCUCUCCACCGCCCACACCAUCGCCCAACGCGUCCGCGUCAACGGCGCCGACAACGGCGAAGCAGUAGGCAUCCGCACGGCGCUGUCCAACUACCCGCUGGAGAACGUCAACGCGGCCGAGCUCGCGUGCAACGCCAACUUCAAGCAGCCGGUGUCGAGCAAGGUGAUUCCCGUCAAGGGCGGCGAUAAGGUGGGCGUGCUGUGGGGCCAUGUGGUGGGCGGCGCGCAGUAUCCGGGGGAUGUGGAUCAUCCGAUUGCGGCGAGUCAUAAGGGGCCGACGAUGUUUUACAUGGCCGCCGUCCCCAGCGCCGCCAGCGCGUCGCCCGCGGGCCUGAAGUGGAUCAAGGUGUUCGAGGACGGGCUCGACAGCGCCGGGAAAUGGGGCGUGGACCGCAUGAUUGCGAACGGCGGGUGGGUGGAUUUCACGGUGCCGCGGUGCCUCGCGGCGGGCGAGUAUCUGCUGCGCGCGGAGAUUAUCGCGCUGCACUCGGCGGGGACGCUGGGCGCGGCGCAGUUCUACAUGGGCUGCGCGCAGAUCUCGGUGUCGGGGACCAGUUCGACGGUGGCUGCUACUACGGUGUCGUUUCCUGGCGCGUAUAAAGCGACGGAUCCGGGGAUUUUGGUUAGCAUUUACAACAACCAGGGACAGCCGACGGGCAAUGGGGCGUACAAGAUUCCCGGGCCGGCGGUGUUGAAGUGCUGA